GUCAGUGUUCAGAGCGCAGUUCAGGUUUCUAUGAGGGGAGGGAUCUAUGGUUAGUUCCCUGUGAGUCCAGCAUGUAGGCUGCUGUCGGCACUGAUUACAUUUUUCAGGAAUGUCACGAAAGUCUUGGAUUGAGGAAACAUUCUUCAAGAGAGAGUGUGUGAAGUUUAUCCCUUCCUCUCGAGACCUACACAGAUGUAUUCCAGUGUGUCAAGUAUGCCAGAACUUGAUCAGAUGUUGUUGUGGCCGCCUGAUGGCGGAGCACUCUUGGCAAGAGUCGCCUCCUCCCAUAUCCCUUUGUCCUGGUCCUGGUCAGGACAUGGAAGAGGACUGGUCCAUAGAACUCCAUACCAAAGCCAGUCCCACAAACGCCUAUGGGACCAUAGACUUUCAAGAUACAGCCACACGCGUCUGUCGGGCCAAGUAUGUUCGUGUGGCUGUGGACUCAAAGGCAGAGGUGCUGCUUCAACUGAUGCUGCGGGAGUGGCAGAUGGAAAGACCCAAGCUGCUGUUGACCAUUCAGGGAGGCUCAGAAAACUUCACCCUGCCCCCUAAAGUCAAGCAGGCCUUCAGCAAAGGGUUGAUCACUGCUGCCCUCAGCACAGGAGCAUGGAUACUCACCGAUGGUAUUAAUACAGGUGUGUCUAAAUAUGUAGGCGAGGCUGUGAAAACAUUCGGGGGUCACGACCUGAGGAAGAGAAACACUGUUGGCAUCACACCUUGGGGUGUGAUUGAAAACAACGUGGACCUCAUAGGCAGAGAUGUGUUCAGGCCCUACCAGCCACUGGGGAACCCUCUGAGCAAGAGGGCCUGUCUCAAUGGCUUCCACUCCCAUUUUCUGUUGGUGGAUGAUGGAACGCUUGGAAAACAUGGCUGCCAGCAAGGCCUCAGAAGGAAGCUGGAGAAACACAUCCAACUACAGAAGAUACACCCUCGCCUGAAACAAGGAGUGCCUGUGGUGUGUGUAGUGGUGGAGGGAGGCCCUGCCAUUGUGUCCACAGUGUUGGACUAUGUUAGCAAUGUGCCCCCGGUGCCUGUGUUAGUGUUUGAGGGCUCGGGCAGGGCUGCUGACCUGCUUGCCUUCUUACACAAGCAAACUGCUGUUGACAGGCAGUUGGAUGCAGACAUUAAAGAGGACUUCCUCGUCAGGAUUGGAGACGUGUUUGGAGUAGACAGAGCAGAAGCCUCUCACCUCUACAGUCUCCUCCUGCAGUGUAUGGAUAACAGACAGUCUAUAACCAUCUUUGACUCAGAGUCAGAGGACCAGAUGGCACCAGAUGCUGCCAUUUUGACGACUGCUCUGAAGGGCACCAAGGCCAGUCCUGCAGAGCAGCUGAGUAUGGCUCUUGCCUGGGACAGGGCUGACAUUGCACAGAAAGACGUCCUGGUGUACGGACAGCAUUGGCAGGUGGGUUCCUUGGAGCAAGCCAUGCUAGAUGCUCUGGUAAUGGACCGCGUCAGUUUUGUCAAACUGCUCAUUGACAACGGCAUGACUAUGAGUCGCUUCCUCACUGUGGACCGCCUCGAGGAGCUCUACAACACGUCACAGGGGCAGACGGAUCGUUUCCUGCACCACCUUGUUGAAGAUGUGAAGCAGACUUCUCUUCCGAUAGGUUACCGUCUGUCUCUCAUUGACAUGGGCCUGGUGAUAGAGUAUCUGAUAGGAGGAGCGUACCGCAGCACCUACACACGGAAACACUUCAGAGCUGCCUACAGCCGCAUGCAGGACAAAGAGGGAAGACGAAAUAGUUCCACCUCCUUGUCUAAACAGAGACGGGGAUUAAUACCAAACUCUUCAAGGGGCAAGAGUCUCCAGGACCUGCAUUUCUUUAGAACUGCUCAGCCUUACAAACGCAAGGAACAAGAUGCGUCACAGGGGAGCAGUCAAAAUAUCACGUUGGGCUCUGGCCUUGGUGAUGCUCCGGUGCUGGUUCCCUUCAACUUCAACGACCUGUUUGUGUGGGCUGUGCUUCAGCAGCGGCAGCAGAUGGCACUGUUCCUGUGGCAACACGGCGAGGAAGCUCUGGCACGUGCCACAGUGGCCUGUAAGCUUUACCGCUCCAUGGCCUUCGAGGCACGGCAGAGCAGCAUGGACGACAACAUUGCAGAGCGAUUCAAGACGUAUUCGCUUGAGUUUGGUCAGCUGGCGGUGGACGUGUUAGACUGUGCAUUUCGUCAGAACGAGCAGAUGGCCAUGAAGCUGUUGACUUCAGAGAUGGAGGCAUGGAGCCACUUCACCUGUCUGCAGAUGGCUGUCUCAUCAUGUCACAGACCAUUCGUCUCACACUCCUGCACCCAGACCCUCCUCACAGAUCUCUGGACUGGUCCGCUCAACAUGAGAAAAAACUCCUUUUUGAAGAUAAUUUUGAGCCUUCUUCUGACCCCUGCCAUCUUGCUACUGGAGUUUAAAAGCAAAGCUGAAAUGUGCCAUGUACCACAGUCCCAUGAGGCAAUGCUGUUUGGACUUGACUCUGUGAAGUCAGCACCAGCCCACGAGGGAACAAAUCACACAGGCAGUCAGGAUGCAGAGCGAGGCCUGUCUUUCCAUGACAAAUGUCUUGGUCCUGUGUCUGAAACUGUGUCCUCUAUGACCAUGCAGUGUCUUUCCUGGAUCACAAGAAUCUAUGAAUUCUACACAGCUCCUGUUGUUAAGUUCUGGUUUCACACAAUCUUCUACUUGGCUUUUCUGAUGUUGUUCUCCUACGUUGUCCUGGUGAAGAUGGGGGAUCAACCCAGUGUUCAGGAGUGGCUCGUCAUAGCGUACAUCUUGUCCACUGCAGUGGAGAAAACCAGAGAGGUACUAAUGUCUGAGCCGAGGAAGCUGAGCCACAAGCUGAAGAUUUGGUUCUCAGAGUACUGGAACAUGUCAGAUUUCAUUGCCAUCCUUCUCUUCCUGGCUGGACUGGCAUUGCGCUGGCACCCUGAUCCCUACUGGACGGCGGGGCGCAUCGCUUACUGUCUGGACAUCAUCUUCUGGUUCAUCAGGGUGACAGAUCUUCUGGCUGUCAAUCAGCAUGCUGGUCCUUACCUCACCAUGAUCACUAAGAUGACCAGUAACAUGUUCUUCAUCGUGGUGAUGAUGGCAAUAGUGCUGCUGAGCUUCGGGGUGUCCAGGAAGGCUAUCCUGUCGCCGGAUGAGGAGCCGUCCUGGAGCCUUGCUCGAGAUGUGGUCUUCCAGCCCUACUGGAUGAUCUAUGGAGAGGUCUACGCAUCAGAGAUAGAUCCAUGCGAGGAUGGCCCAUGUUCUCCUGCUUCAUUUCUUUCGCCGUUCCUUCAGGCUGUCUAUAUGUUUUUCCAGUACAUCAUCAUGGUCAACAUUCUGAUUGCAUUUUUUAACAACAUCUACUUUGACAUGGCAUCAACAUCCAAUAAACUGUGGAAGUACAACCGUUAUCGCUACAUAAUGACCUAUCAGGAGAGGCCAUGGCUGCCUCCGCCCCUCAUCCUCCUUAGUCACCUGACCCUGGGUUUGACAGCCAUCUACAAGAGAUUUAAUGGAGAUGCUGAGCGGGAGGAGAGAGGCUCUGGACUUAAGCUCUACCUGGGCCAUGAGGAUCUUAAGAAGCUCCAUGAAUUUGAGGAGAAAUGUGUAGAGGCCUACUUCCAUGAGAAGAGUGAAAGUCUCCACAGCAGUCAAAUUAACAGGAUCAGAGCCACAGCUGAGAGAGCGGAGGAGAUGUGCGUGAUGGUCGGGGAGGUCUCAGAGAAGGUCAACUUCAUUCAGGACAGCCUGUCAGAGUUGGACUGUCAGCUGGGCCAACUCCAAGACCUUUCGGCGCUGGCCGUGGACACCCUCACCCUGGUCUCUGCUUCUGAUAGCCUACAUCAGGAGGAGGCACGCCUGGCUCAGUGUCGACCUGUCACAGCUUCCCGGCACAUCCGUCCCCACAGCUGGACCCUCCCACACAGAAGUGGAGCAGACUGUGAUGUACUUAAUAUGCGACGGCUGAUGGGCAAGUCGUGUAAAAGUACCCCGCCUUCGUUGCUGAAGGGUUAUACUCUGGUGGCAAGUAGACUGGCAUCACAGGAGUCCCACGUUGGAGCCAGGGGGAGCAGGCAAGGAAGACAAGAACACGCUGAGGAGGGAAAGGAAGGAACAAAGGAGGAUUCACAGCCUGCUACUGUUGACCAUUCCUGUGAGAACUGGUUUGGGGUUUCUAGACCUUCGUCCAGUGCUUCCUUCUCUCACUUUUACGGAGGUCAUCUUGGUGUUUUCAGGGAUCAGACGCCUUGUGAGUCCUGUGUACCAUCCCGCUGUGGAUCUCCUCUUUCUCCCAGAGGCUUGGAGUCACCACAUCAUAAACUCUGGACAUGUGACCCAUAUCUGUAUCCCAGUCAGGAGGAGACUUCCAUGGAAGAGGAGGAAGAGGGAGAGGAAGAGAAGGAAGAAGAAGAUGAUGAGGAUGAAGAAGAAGAGGAAGAGCAAGAAGGGGAACGGACACAUAAACAGCUGUCUGACAUAGAGGUAUCAAUAACCUCUAACAAUGCUGUCCUACUGUCUGACCCUCGAGACAUCUCUGAGGGUUUGGUUAAUCCUGCCUUUUCUCAGGACAAUAGCCAACCAAGUUCUCGGUCCAGAUCUUCCAACCAGUGGGGAAGACCUGUGAAGUCCCCAAGGUGGGCACGUCUGUCCAGAGACCGUCCCUAUGGCUACUGCAGAUCUCUGUCAUCCAGUGUGGAGAAUAUGACUUUCUCAGGGGUACCUCUCAAUCCAAUGAGGGGUUCAUUUCCCUCUCUUAACGAACCAAUGAACAAAGACGGUUUGUCUGGUGGGAGGAGCUUUAGGGACGACACAUCGCUCCAGUGCAGCAGGAGCAGAGCAUGGUCCAAGUCCUCAGACUUCACUCAAGUCUUGGACAGCAGAGGCAAAACCCAGAACAGGAAGACAGUGAAGAUACAAGAGAGCAGUCCAGAUACUGUAACCAUGCAGUCCCAUUUGCCAGAUGCCUGCUGGAAAAGGCGGAGGGGGCUGAGAGGAGAAUCUACGUGUUGGUCGGCUUCAACCAGCCUCAGCCAGCUAAAUUUUGAUCCUGUGGAGUUGUUGCAGAAGCAAAUGUUUUCCCAUCAGGAUGUGUGGAGUCCCACUCAUUCAGCAUGGAACAGCUGGGCCAGAUCCAUGAGCCGUAGGUCCUCUUUACAGAGUUAUGUUACCCCUGAAGCCAAGAGCCCCUCAUUCCAGUCCACUGACAGUUUGUAUCCACACUAUUCAGCCAUGGAGAGAAACAAUCUGAUGAGACUGGCUCACACCAUCCCCUUCACGCCUGUUUCCAUUUUAGGAGGUGAAGAGGUGAGCAUCUACUCUCUGGAGGAAGUGCCCUCUGAUGCUGACCCUGAAUCCAGCACAGUCUUCUCCUGGUCAUCACGUGGCCUGUCUGCAAUGCUGCAGCGCCUCUCCAGUGAGGAGGGCUCUUUAGACGGGGGACUUCGACUGGGCUGCAGGGUGCUGUGUACCUGGGCGGAAAGGGAUGUGCUCAGACCUGGUCUGGUAUAUGUUGUGAAAGCCUUCAGGCCAGAGGUGGUGCGUGCCUGGCAGAGGUACUUCCAUGGUAGCACAGCACUGCAGCUUUGUUUAAGGGAGAUCCAGCAGCAGAGAGCAGCCCAGAAGAUGAUGGAUGUGUUCAACCAGGUCAAACCUGAUGAUAUGCGCCACUCACCAAGGUUUCUCGACGUAUCGCUGGUCCUUUGGCAUUCAAAUGGCCAGUGGCUGACUAUUGAGAGAAACAUGUCCGGUGACUUCAGGAAGUACAACAACAACACAGGAGAAGAGAUCAUCCCCUGCUGUUCACUGGAAGAGAUGCUGCUAGCGUUCUCCCACUGGACCUAUGAGUACUCAAGCAGAGAGCUGCUGGUGCUUGAUAUACAAGGGGUAGGCGAAGAGCUGACUGAUCCAACUGUCAUUAUGGCGGACGACCAAAGCGGUAGCAGGGGCGAGAUGCUUUUUGGUCCUGAUAACCUCGGAGAUGCCGCCAUCAACAGUUUCCUGCAGAAACACUCUUGCGGCUCCUGCUGCCACAGACUGGGCCUAGAAGAUUUAAGGAAGCGUCUGGACGGCUGCGAGAAGCAGAGCAGCGAGGCAGAGCCGACGCCAGGGAAAGAAGAACAAGAGGACGACGAAAACAGGGUGUAACCUUUGACCCAAGAAGUAGGGAAAGAAAAACACACACACUUUUACCAACACAUGUACCAAAACAUUUUCGCCUGAACAAACACUCACUCAAUAUAAUCUCAGAAAAUACAGUGUUGAUGUUCUGCAUCAACCCUUAUUCUUUUACAAGAAAGACAGGGUGAUAUCUCAUGAGAAGUUUGUGAUGGGACACUACUUUGUAAUAAGGAUGCUAAUAUAUAUAAAACAUUUCAAUAAAUGAAGUAAAUACUGUCAGGAAAAAAAGAUGCAGAGUAUUCUCAUAAAAUUAUGUAUAUCAUUACAUAUUUCUCAUGAAUCAUAGUAGGAAAUACAUUAGUAACAGAUUUCUUUUUUUAAGACUAGACAAAAAUCUAAAUUACUAUUUUUUUUACACUUUGUUUUAUAAAUGUUUUGAUUUAGACACAAUGACAAUUACUGUUGGAAUUAUACACUUACGCAAUGUGAAUUAAUUUAAACGGAUAAAAUUUUUCCAUGUUUGCUAAAAUAAAAAAAAAGUAAUGUUUUAAUGUAACAGUGCCUAUGUGUGAGACAGAAAAAUGAGGCAGACAUGCACCCAUAAAAUUUCUUUUAUUUUUUUUCUUCCCACAACAAAAUGUCUACAAAAGCGAUAAAAUAUAGAAUUUAACAAAAAUCACUUCAGACCUUCACAUUGUAUAUACAUUUCCAAGGAGGACUCACUAAGGGCCCUGCAAAGCUCUGAACUUCAACCCUGUCAGAUCCAUCGCAUGUGGGUGUUUGUGGCUCUCUUUAAUGCAAAUACAGGCACACACGCACUCUUUCAUUCUCAUUCUGUGAAAAUGAAAACUCUACAGAAGAGCUCAUGGAGUUAUGGUAGAGUCAGAGUUCAGAGUCAAGCAGAGUCCCCUCUCACCAAAUUGAAAAAAAAAAGCAUAAAAUGUAAAAACAGUUUGUCAGUGUAAUCAAAUACACAUUUUCUGUCGAGUUCCCCUUUUUUUUUUUGAUUGGUUUCUCAAGUAAACUCACACAGUAAAGCAUCUACGCCCCACUCUGCCAAUCCCUGGUCUCCUCACUAGCUAUGGCACUUUGAAAACAAACAAACAAAAAAAAGUCAUUUUUUGUGUUUUUUCUUUUUGUUUUGUUAUGUUAGUCCUGUGUAAAAGGUUCUGUAGCCCAAGGUACCUUUUAGGUUUCGGUUACAGAGUGCUACAUUUUGUUUUAUUUGCUCUUGCUGGGACGCAAAGACAUUCUAAACAAUAAAUUAACAAUUUUCAACACUACUCCAAUGUGUAAUGCAUCAAGAAAGUUUACAAAGCAUUGGUAGAGCAAACAUCAUCUCACUCUCUCUGUUUCUUUUCUCUCACACACACAUACAUACACACACGCACACAAGCUCACACAGUUUUUUUCAGGAAAGGGAGGAGGAGUAUUGGGGUGGAGUGUAUUUGACUAAGUGUAGGAAAUGUAUUUCAAACCAAGUGUAUUAAAAAUGUCUGCACAUUUUGUCUUGUUUAGUCGUCACACAAAAUGAUGACUAGUUUUACUGUGCGCUCAGCGAUGUCUGUGUGUGUCGAUGGAGUGGUAAAGGCGCAUGAUGCGUUCAGCCUCUCGUACUGAACAGGCUACUCCAUAACAUUCAGAAUAGAUUACCCCUCCCCACAUCGUUCCCUCCCGCUGCAGGUUAAGGGGCUCUGAUCUGGUUCAAUAAGGCCAGUUCAGAAAAGGGCCGUUCACUGACUGAUUAAACCAACUCACACAUUCAAAGGUUGAGAAAAAAAACAUUUCAAAUCCAACAACAAAUUUUUAAAUUGGUUGUGUAUAAAUAAGAGCAUUUUAUUUAAAAAUUCUUUCAGCUUGUGAAAAAAAAAUUGCUUUGAACUGAUUGACUUGAUGUAGAAUUUGCCCAGAAACCCAUUGCCCACCCUGCCAAUAACCCCUCCCACGAAACCCACAAUAUUAUGAGAAGAGAAAACACAAAUAAGCCCCAAAUGUUUCAUUGCAAUGAAACGUCAUGCAAAUAGAACAGAACAACAAUAGGCUAAUAGUAAUAGAAGAAUAGUAGUCAUAAUAAGAACAAUAAUAAUAGUAAAUAGUAAUAAAAUAAAAAAUAAUCUUACAAUGCAAACAUGACAGUAGUAAAUGCCUCCAAUUCUUAUUGCUACAGUAUCUUACUUACAGUGUUGCGUUGCCACUCGUUCUUGCCAGCACACCCCCUUUCACAACCCUAUCCCACCCCUCUGAUUCACAGUCUAACAAGGGAAAAUAAAAACAUCACACACAAAAACUUCAUAUUCAGAGUUGGAAUUCACUGUCCCAGGGGUGUUGUGAUGGCGCUUGAUUCACAGCUUACUAGUGGACUUCCCUCACUGUCCCGAAAGCAGCAAAAUAAGCAGUAAACAUGAGUGUACAGUGGUGACAAGAGCGCACUGACAUACAGUGUAUAUAUAUAUUUAUAUAUAUAUAUAUGUAUAAUUUUUUUUGUUUUUCUUUUGCUACGUAUCAAUGCUUGUCAUAUAGUCUGGGCUUUCAAGAGAUUUGGACAGUGAAUUCAUGCUCUAUACACACAUACGCACAGACACACACUUAUCAAAGCCUUGUCUGGGCAGAUUCCAUUGCAGGCAUACGUUGGCGGCGUACAGUAUGCCGUUUUUAUCCUAAAAAGUUAUUCUUUUUAUAAUUAAAUUU